AUGUGGCAUCCUAAUGUCCUUUGCUUGAAUGGUUUUGUUUAUGUCCCGCAGUUUAUUCUGAUGGCCGUGUUUGCAUAUCUAUUCUUCAUCCUCCCGGUGAUGAUCCAAGCGGUUAUGAGCUUGCAAGCGAACGCUGGACCCCCUGUUCAUACGGUGAAAGUAUUGUGUUCCAACGAUGAGUCUCCAGCAAACGUUGAAGCUGCUGUCUCAUCAGAUUCACUGCAUAUUCCUUUUUGCAAUUAA